GUCUUCGGCGUCAGACGAAGACACGCAGCAACAUGAAGUUCUUGGUUGUUAUUGUAGCCUCAUUGGCCGUGGUGGCCUUUGCCAGCGAGGAGAAAGGCGCACCCAAGCAGGCGGCGGCCGAAGACAAGAAGCAGGAGAAGCGAGGCAUCUACGACACCGGCUCCUACGGCGGCGGCGAUGAGGGCCACAGCUUCGGCGGAUCCGAGGGCCACAGCUUCGGCGGAUCCGAGGGCCACAGCUUCGGUGGCUCUGAAGGCCACGGCUACGGCGGCUCUGAAGGCAUCAGCCAAGGAGGCCACGAGAGCCACGAUUUAGGUGGCUACGGAGGCGGUUACGGAGGCGGCUACGGAGGCGGCUCCAGCGACUGGAAACCCAUCGCCUCCGACCACCACCACCAUCACCACCACGAACACGUCAAGACCAUCGAGGUCGUCAAGAAAGUGCCCGUCCCCUACACCGUCGAGAAGCAUGUCCCCUACACCGUCGAAAAGAAAGUCCCCUAUGAAGUCAAAGUGCCCGUACCCCAACCCUACACCGUCGAGAAGAAGGUCCCCGUCACAGUCAAGGAGUACGUGAAAUACCCGGUUUACGUGCCUGAGCCUUACACUGUAGAGAAGAAAGUUCCCUACGAAGUUAAGGUGCCAGUUGACAAGCCGUUCGAAGUCAAAGUGAAAGUACCCACCCCUUACACCGUUGAGAAGAAAGUGCCGUAUGAAGUCAAGGUCCCCGUGCCUCAGCCCUACACCGUCGAGAAGAAGGUCCCCUACCCCGUGAAGGUCGAAGUUAAGGUUCCCCAGCCCUACGAAGUCAUCAAGAAGGUGCCCUAUGAAGUCAAGGUGCCCGUCGACAAGCCUUACAACGUGUACGUGCCCAAGCCCUACCCUGUGCCAGUCGAGAAGCCUUACCCAGUGACCGUGCACAAGCCAGUGCCUUACGAAGUCAAGGUCCCCGUCGACAGGCCCUACAAGGUCGAGGUUGAGAAACCUUACCCCGUCCACAUUAAGGUGCCAGUGCCCAAGCCUUACGAUGUGUACAAGAAGGUACCUUACACCGUCGAGAAGGGUGUGCCUUACGAAGUCAAGGUCCCCGUUGACAAGCCCUACCCCGUGUACAAGGAUGUGCCAGUGCCCCUCGUGAAGGAGGUUCCCUACCCCGUCAAGGUGCACGUGCCCGUCUACCUCAAGAAGGAGGAGGAGCACCACCACGAGCAGCAGCACCACCACCACCACGGCUGGAACUGAGCGCAAUUAGUUUUUUAGGUCCCACACCAGUACCUUAUUAGGCUAAGUUGAAAAAUGUGAUCUUUUAGUAUUUUAGUGUAUGUAUUGCAAAAUCAACUCUCGGUAUUGAUCGCUCGCGCGUGUAAGGUUCCUGUGAUCUGGCUGGGGAUUCCCCACGGUCCGUUUUGGGAGAAUACAUAGUAUACCGCAUAGCAUAGUUAACUGUGCGCGGUGAUUCAGUUGUAGAUAUUUUAAAUCUGUUAUACUUGUUUUAGCUUUAUACGCUUUGUUUUGUAUGUAUCAAAGUACAUGUAGUACUUUGGAUUGAGGCUGAUUAAUAAAAGAAUGUGAAACGUU